AUGGCCGACAACGGAGUUCAAAUACUUAGUCAGGCCGAACUUAUGGCCCAGAUGGCAGAACUGCGAGCGGAAGUCAAGAGACUAGCCGAGCUAUCCACUCAGCGCAACAAAAAAGAGGAAGGCAACUCCAAAGAUUCCACUCAAGGAGGGGCCGAGCUUAUAGGUGUCAACCCACCCAAGGAAAAGCUGACCUUGGACAACCCGUUUUCUGAAGAGAUUACGAACUUCCAGAUGCCAAAGCAUUUCACGCUUCCUUCCUCUCUUGAGCCAUAUAAGGGGAUUGGUGACCCCCGAGCUCACAUUAAGAAAUUUCAAUCCAUGAUGUUUUUUAACGGACCUAAUAAUGAUCCUGUGCUUUGCAGAGCUUUCCCUACCUAUCUAGACGGGGCCGCCCUACUUUGGUUCUCAAAAUUGUCCGCAGGAUCAAUCGCUUCCUUCGAAGAUCUGGCUAGGUCAUUCAUCGACUAUUUUGCAGCAGCUCGGAUCUAUGUACAUGGAUCAGACUAUCUAAGCACCAUCCACCAGGGCCCGCAGGAAAGUUUAAAAGAUUACAUGACAAGGUUCACAGAUGCCACCAUGGAAAUACCCGACUUAAAUCCUGCCGUCCACCUACAUGCCCUUAAAGCCGGACUCAGGCCCGGAAAAUUCAAAGAAAUAAUCGCGGUUACCAAGCCAAAAACACUGGACGAAUUCCGAGAAAGGGCAGCCGGACAAAUGGAGAUCGAAGAACUUCGAGAGGCCGACAAAUCCGAAAGGAGACCAAGAAAGGAGGACGACAGGCCCUCCAGAUCGGCGAACGCCAGAGACCUCGGCAAACCAUUCAAGCUUACUCCGAAAUUCGAUAACUACACCAGAUUCAAUACGAAGAGAGAGAAGAUAAUCAAGGAGAUACUGAACGCCAAGAUUAUAAAGCCACCAACCAGAGCAGGGAGCUAUCAAGAUCAGCGAUUCGUUGACAAAAGCAAGCACUGUGCCUUCCACCAGAAAUAUGGCCACACCACUGACGAAUGCGUGAUAGCCAAAGAUCUCUUGGAAAGAUUAGCACGACAGGGCCUCUUGGACAAAUACAUCGAGGGCCGAAAACAUAGGGAAAGUAACAAAGAAGAACAUCAUCAAACCUCGGUCAGCAAAGAAACCAACAAAUGGUCGAACAACAAUCCACCCAAGGGGAUAAUAAACUGCAUAUCCGGAGGAUUCGCUAGCGGCGGCGAAACAAGCUCGGCACGAAAGCGGAGCUACCGUGCGAUGUUAGCAAUCGAAGGAACGACACCACCAAACAACAAAGAUAUUCAGGAUUUAGAAAUCACUUUUAACCAAGCUGAUAUAUGCUCAGCCGCUCCUCACACAGACGACCCAGUAGUAAUUUCUAUUCAAACAGGUGACCUUAUGGUAAGAAAAGUCCUUUUGGAUCCAGGUAGUAGUGCCGAUGUUCUUUUCCAUUCUACUUUCUUAAAAAUGAAUCUAUCUGAAAAACUAAUACAGCCCUCAUCCGGAGAAUUAGUAGGAUUCUCCGGCGAGAGAGUACCAAUCAAAGGGUACAUAUGGCUAAGGACGACGAUGGAAAACAACCCAUUAUCAAAAACCUUAACAUACAAUACCUAA